AUGGGGAGGUUCCUCAGUGGAUUUCUGUUGCCUAUGUUGCUUCUAUCAGCUGCAUUGCUUAAUUGGAGUUUGAUUUCUAUGGUGGAUUUGUUAGGUUUUAUCUUCAUUCAAUAUGCUGCACCAAAAAUCGGUAUGCGAUCAAGAAGACGAUUGUUGAUCUCAUGGUACACCCUUUUGUUUUCCUCUGUGGCUGUUGUUUCACUUGCCAUUUUUCAUAUUGUCUGGGCUAUCAAGGGGAAUCAGUGGAGUACUGCAGAUGCACAGUGGGCUAAGUUAAUCGGUUUUCUAAGUGUUCAUUCUCAAAGACUACCAUAUGUGAUUUAUUUCACAACCGUCCAAGUCCUAGUAGUAGUAAUUGUCGUGGUUGAAAUCUAUGGGACUAGAUGUUCUCCAGACUUAUCGCAAGAUUCAUUUGUUGGUCAUGGCUAUUCUUUUAUUCUACGCAUAGGUUCUCAUCUUAGAGUAUUGUGCUGCUUACUACUACCUUUCGUACAACUGAUUGUUGGCAUAAGCCACCCGUCUUGGGCUUCAUUUCCAUUUUUCAUAUUCAGCAGCAUUGGACUAGUUAACUGGUCUCUAACAAGCAACUUUCUUGGUCUAUUUAGGUGGUGGAGCUAUCUUUUAUUCUAUGCAGGGCUGAACAUUGUCCUUCUCUACAUUUACCAACUUCCAAUUCAGUUUCCAUGGAUGGCCUCUGUCGGUGACUUUAUAGGUCUCUAUAAAGUAUCUUCACAUUCAGAGUGGUCUGAAAUAUGCUCUGGUUAUUCUCUCCUUCUCUUCUACACAAUGCUUUCCUGGAUUAGAUGUGACCUUGCAGAAAUGGACUUUAUUAUGUCCGGAAGAGAUAAUAGCUUGACGGUCCAACUUCUUACUCCAAAACAUGCAUUUCUCAUUCGACAAUUUCGAUCGGGUGUAAGGCACACCAACUUUUUGUUGACAGGAGCAGUUUUCCGGACUUUCUGUGUCAACUUCUUCACUUAUGGUUUCCCUAUUUCCUUGCUUGCAUUGUCAUUCUGGAGUUUCCAUUUUGCCAGUUUAUGUGCAUUUGCACUCCUGGCUUAUGUUGGCUAUGUGCUUUAUGCCAUUCCUUCGGUCUUUCAAUUGCAUCGGCUAAACGGCUUGCUUCUUGUAUUCAUUCUAUUAUGGGCUGCUAGCACCUAUGUCUUCAACUUGACAUUUUUGGUCCUCAACAAGCACAUGGACAUGGAUAUUUGGGAAACUAUCGGUUUAUGGCAUUAUCCUAUCCCUGGAUUUUAUCUAUUUGCACAAUUUUGUCUUGGCAUCCUUGUUGCUUUAGGAAAUUUAGUGAACAACUCAGUCUUUCAAUACUUGUCUGAUUUGGGUGUACAAUAUUCUAAGCAAGAUGCCGAUGUAGAAGAUAGAGAUGAGACUAAAGUGCUAACUAUAGCCACAGUGGCAUGGUUACUACGUAAAACAUCUCGAGCUAUAGUCUUAAUACUAAUAUUUCUUAUUGCUCUAAGACCAGGUCUCAUCCAUGCCAUUUAUAUGAUUUUCUUCAUGAUAUAUCUUUUGAGCCAUACAAUAAGUAGAAAGAUGCGGCAACUUCUAAUUCUUCUAUGUGAAGCUCAUUUUGCAUUAACUUACUUUCUUCAGCUUAAUCUCAUCUCAAAUGCCUUGAAACAAAAGGAUACAUUAGCUACAGAUCUUCUCAGAGAACUAGGUUUUCUUAGCAACUCUGAUUCUAGGGAUUUCCUAAAGAUAGCAGCACUUGCAUGCUUUUGUGCUCUUCACAAUCAUGGCUUCGAAGUUCUAUCAGCAUUUUCGGCUAUCGUACAACAUACUCCUUGUCCUCCAAUUGGCUUUAGUAUCUUAAGAGCUGGUUUGGUUAAGUCUAUUCUCUUAUACGUAUAUACAUCGAGGUCGAAACAGAGCAGCGAUAACAACUCUUCUCAUGAAAAAAUGAUUGCUUCAUAUCUAACAGCUAUAGGACAAAACUUCCGAUCACUGUAUCGUUCAUGUGGGACCUAUAUUGCUCUUCUAACAAUUCUCAUUGCCGUCUACCGAGUCAAACCAAACCACACUUCAUUUGGUUACCUUUUCUUCCUUAUGGUAUGGAUGGUUUCAAGACAACUCUUAGGAAAGACCACAAGAAAGAUGUGGUUACCUCUGAAAGUAUAUGCCAUUUUUGUGUUCAUCCUACUUUACACCUUGAGCGUAUUUUUCAGCUUUCGAAAAUGGUUAUCACAAAGAGUCGACCUCUCUUCAGUUUUUGGCUAUGAUCCUAAAGCCUCCAUGGUGGAAAAUAUAUGGGAAUCCCUUGCUGUGCUAGUGGUGAUGCAGUUGUAUAGUUAUGAAAGGCGACAAAUCAACAAGCAAGAAACAAGUAGACAACCUUCUUUUUCAUUGGUACAACGUUUACUCAUUUGGCAUGGGGAGAAAAUACUAAACCUCUCUUUGUUCUAUGCAUCUCUAUCACCGAUAAGCGGAUUUGGGUUUUUGUAUCUUGUUGGAAUGGUGGCUUGUUCAACUUUACCAAAGUCGUCUUGGCUUCCCUCAAAGCUAUUUCUUGCAUACUCCGGGUUUGUUUUGAUGGUCGAGUAUCUUUUCCAGCUAUGGGGGCAACAGGUAAACAUGUUCCCUGGACAAAGUAAUUAUCCUCUUUCAUUGUUUCUUGGGCUGCAAGUUUACAUGCCUUGUUUCACAAGUUUGGAGUCAGGGAUGAGAGGGAAAGUUUUGGUUAUUGUAUCAUGCUUACUUAGGUACAAUGUGUUCCAUUGGUUGAGAAAAUAUCCAUGCAAGUUUGGGAAGAUGGGAAAAUGGGAUGAGUCUUGUCCAUUGCUUUACUCAUCCGAGGAGUAUUAUAAGACGAGAUCAAGUCCAGUUAGUAGGGAUAAUGGACUUUCAAAGUCGUUGUUGGAGAAGCAAAAUGAAGUGGGAAUUCAAUCAUGGGCAUCUUUCAUUAUUGGGCUUUCUGAUGCUGAAAAUGAAGGGAGCAAUAUUAACGGAGAAGAUUUCAAUAAUAUAAGUGGGAGUUCAAAAGAAAGACAUAAAUGGACUCGAAAGCAGAUUCAUAUGUUGAGACAUGAGAGGCUCAGAAUGCAGAUAAGGACUCUAAAGGUGUAUUUGAAGUUUUGGGUAGAGAACAUCUUUAAUCUGUUUGGCCUUGAGAUCAAUAUGAUAGCAUUGCUUAUUGCAAGCUUUGCAGUUCUUAAUACGAUAUCUUUGCUCUACGUUGCAUCAUUGGCUGCUUUCAUUCUCUUGCCUUGUCAUUUGACAAGGAAACUUUGGCCUGUAUUUGUGUUCCUAUUUGGAUCUGUGAUCACUCUAGAGUACUUAGCCAUUUGGUUUUUCCGAUUUGGGGAGCAAUUUAAUCCGGGAAUUAGUCGAAAAGUUCCUUGCAAUGACUGUUGGGAAAGCUCCGACCUGUUUUUUGAUCACUGCAAAAAGUGUUGGUCAGGUAUGUUUCUCUUAAUGUUGAGUAAAUGA